AUGAAGAAAAUUUUGAUUCAAGAACUGACGGCGCUGCUGGAGAGGCAGGCGGAGAGAGCCGCCGAGGCCGACAAGCGCCUGGAGCGUUUGGAGAGGCUGCUGUACAGAGAGCCCUCCGCGGGGACCGGGACGGGCACGACGGCCGGAGUGUCAGAGUCGGGGGCUGAGCGAGGCGCUGAGGGAUCCGUUGGACCAGCUGCCGCCGCCCGCCGGACUGUCUGCCUGCCGGCGUCGGCGACUCCGGCCCCGCACCUGAAGUCGGCCUCGACGUACAAAGCCCGUGUCGAGUGCAGUGUGCGCGACAGUGAGACAGGAGCGGUGAGCAGGCUGGAGGACUCUGAGCCGACGCUCAGACACGCCGUGACACACGCCGGCGGAGACACGUGUCGCGCCGCUGGCGCCAUCUGUCGUGCGUGUGGCGAACCAGGACAUUUUGAGGUGGUGUGCCACCAGAGGGCCAGCACCACAGCGGUGGUGCCAUCUGCAGUGACAACAGUACGCGACUCUCCGGGGGUGGCGCUAGUAGCGGUAGCCGCCGGCACCGCCGUGUCACCGCCGCCGGCGGACACGGGCCCAGCCGGGCACACUGCGCUGCAGCCCACGGGGCUGAGUGACGCUGCUGACGUCCACGGAGCCUCGCCGCCGCCGGCGGGGGGCUGGCCAACGCAGACAACGGACAGCAAUGAAGCCCCGGACAACGCCGUGUCACCGCCGCCGGCGGACACGGGCCGAAUCGGAUGUGCUGCGGAGCAGCCCACAGAGCCGGACGGAGCUACGGGCGCCUACGGAGCCUCGCCGCCGCCGGCGGGAGGCAUUCCAACGUGCAGCACGGACGGAGUGUACGGAGCCUCGCCGCCGCCGGCGGACACGGACCGAGCUGGAUGUACCACGGCGCAGCCUACAGAGCCGGCUGACGCCCACGGAGCUUCGUCGUCGCCGACGGGAAGCCUUCCAACGCGGACCAGCCAUGGAAACGAAGCCGCUGGUGACGCCGUGUUGCCGCCGCCGGCGGACACGGGCCAACCCGGGGCCACUGCGGUGCAGCCUGCAGGCCCGGAUGCAGCGGCUGUAGCUUACGGAGCCUCGUCGCCGCCGGCGGGAGGCCUACAAACACUGAGCACGGGCCGAUGUGCAGCUGCCGGCCCCGCCGUGUCACCGCCGCCGGCGGACACUGGCCAGAUUGGGUGCACCGCAGCGCAGUCUACCAGGCCGGCUGCCGCCUACGGAGCCUCGCCGCCGCCGGCGGGAGGCCUACCCACGCGGACCAGGGACGGAGGUACAGUCGCCGGCUACGCCGUGUCGCCGCUGCCGGGGGACACCAGCCAAGCCGACUGUUGUGCGGCACAACCCAUCGAGCUGAGUAAGACUACUGACGUCUACGGAGCCUCGCCGCCGCCGGCGGGAGGCAUGCCAACUCGAAGCACGGAUGGAGGCCCAGCCGCCAGCACCGCCGAGUCGCCGCCGCCGGCGGGCACCGGCCAAGCCGGCUGUAGUCAUGCGGCGCAGCCUACCGAGCUGGCUGACGCCUACGGAGCCUCGCCGCCGCUGGCGGGAGGCCUGCCAGUACGGAGUGGGGACGGAGACCCGCCCGAACAAAUGGUAGCGGCUCACGCCGCCGCGCAGCUCCUCCAUACGCCGCAGGGAUGCGUGUCCGCCGGUGACAAGUCCGACCGGCGCGGUGACACGAACCUCGGUGACACCACCCUCCACUCGGUCGAGGUGGUGGAUGACCUGCUCAGUCCGACCGUCGAUGACGAGGUGUGGGAGGACGCUGAGGACCCGCUUCACGCAGCUGCCGUCGCAGCUAUGCUCGCUGAGCGGGAUACGGAGUGCGACUCGCGUCUGCCGCCGCUCGUGGCCCCGAGUCCAGGGGUGACCAGAGCCGCCGCUGACCGCGACCCGUGGCCGCCACCGACACCGGAGCGACGCCUGCCGCGGACCUCCCCGUGCGACGGCGGGCGCGUCCGCUGCAAGAAGCGCCCGAGACGCCGCGGAAGAGAGCGCAGGCGCCGCCGUCUGCACCGCGCUGCGGUGGCCUUGUGCGCCCGGACCCCGGAGGGUCCGCUGUGGCGCCUUGGAGUGAAGACGAUGUGA